AUACAAGAAACGGGACAUGAAGGGUUUGUCAGUGAUUUAUCGUACGGCCGUUUCUUUGGGGGACAGGGUUGUCCCUGCUCGCUUUGCCGAUACAUGGAACCAUCCAGCAGGUCCAAAAACAAUAUUCUUCUGGGCUCCAUCAUUCAAAUGGGCUCUUGUGAUUGCUGGAAUUGGUGACAUAGCCCGUCCUGCUGAAAAACUCAGUACAUUUCAGUCUGGUGCCUUAGCAGCCACAGGUAUUAUAUGGGCCAGGUACUCUCUAGUUAUCAUCCCCAAGAAUUACAACCUCUUCUUUGUAAAUAUAUUUGUGGGUGCUACAGGUAUUCUGCAGCUCUCCAGAAUCUACAUGUACAAAAAAUCCCUUAAAAACAUUGACAGUGAAUUAAAGUGAACAUUUUUUAGAAUGUGCAAAGAGACGAUACUCAAGAAAAUCACAUUUUCAUCAUUUUAAUUAAACAGAAUUGGUUUUAUACCAGGAAUUUGACAAUUAACCACAUUCCACCUGUAAAAAAAAUAGAAACAAAAUAUAUAUCACUAAUAUUGUUGAACUGAAGAAUGCAAGUUCUUCACUGCGACAUUCUUUCCAUGAAGGCCUUACACCAAAAUUGUUGUAGAAUGUGAUUUAUCAAAUGGAUAUAUAUACAUAUUUGGGAGUUGAGGUGGAUUGAUUUCAUCAAACGAGAAAAAAAAAAGUCACUCAAGUAUGGCGUUUUGACACGUUUGUUACACAAUAUAGUUAAACAUAGUAUGUAUUGAUUAAAAGCUCAAAGGUGUGGUUGUGAUAUACCAGGGCAUAUAUUUUGUAAUCAGUUAAAUUGGGUGAACACUGGGAUGGUUACUAUAUACUUAAUCAAAUGAUGAUAGUUUUGGAAACUAAUGAGGCUGAAUGAAUCCAGUCUAGAGGCAGAGUAACUGGUUUAUGUAAUGUUGGGGAGUUUUAUUGCAGGACAAAGAGUCUCCAAGAACUUUUGCAUUUGGCCUUUUCUUUAGUUGGUGGUAAACAUUUGACUUUUUUUUUUCACUUUUCAAAAAAUCUUGAACAUAUUUUGAUGUAGAAUUUCAUAGAAACCUUCCCCGGUCAAAAAUGAAGCAAAACCUUGGAUAUGAACCCCCAUACCCAGGGCACUAAUGAACAAGGGUCAUUUGGUGUCACAUGGGCUAAGAAAUAUUUUUUAGACCAAGAUAUAUUAGAACUAAACACUCUUUAUGGAAGGAAUUGUACUUCAUCACAUAAAUAAUGGAUUUCAUUAUACCUAGAUCCUGCAUCCUCAUCCUCAUUGGGAGGGUAUACAAUUUACUAUGGUUGAUAUAAACAAACCACACCAUUGGAAAUAAAUAAAAUUUUGCAGUUUGGCUGCAUGUGAACUUUGACACUGACCAACACUUAAGAUUGAGGGGCGUGGUCAAAGAGGUUAGUUUAAUAACAUUUAGUAAUGUUAAAAAGGAGGAAAAAUCAACCAUAUCAGGUAACUUGGGUGAAAAGCAAGCCUCGCAGGCCACUGGCUGGUAUUUCAGGCCACCAGCUGGUAUUUCUAGUUAACUGCCUUCAAUACAGGACCUAUUAAUUACCAUUAGAUAAACAUGUUAAAAACUUUGAUAAUGGGACAACAUUAUUAGUUAUUGUUAAGUUUACCAGUGUGAAGAGCAUUUUUACAAAAUAUGUCACAGAAGUGCUUAUUUUUUUUAAUAAUUUAGUAUUUAAAUGUGACUUUUUUUUUUAAUCUUCCCUGAUCUCCCAGAUUAUAACUCAUAUUGAAUCUCUAAACAAAUGCUCAUACAUUUUUUGUUAUUUUCUCAUAAUGAUGAUGUUACCCUAUAUGUUUAACCAGAAAACUUAUAACUGUUAAGUGGAUUUUUCUUCAUUAUUUGCUGGAGAUGUGGCAUUAGCUGUUACUCCUGUGUUGUACAUUCACUACAUGUACUGAUUAGAUUAACAAGAAUUGAUAUAAAACCAUAUAUAACAUGUUCCAUAUAUUUAACUUGAGUGAUUGUGGUAAAAUUAAAUGAAUGAAAUAAAAAGUUUUUUAUCUUCAUUUUUAAUGACAAAUCUCAAAAAGUAAUUUUCAGCUGAAGUUUGAAAAAACAAAAGCUGGAGUACAAGUUUAAGAACAAAGCAUAAUUUUUUUUUAUUUGUAAGAACAAAUCCAUCACAAUGCAGCCAGAUUUGAACAAUUAUAUUGAUACUAUUUCAAUAAAGAAAUUCUCCAAAACUGGAAUUAACCACUUGGUAUGAAGCCAAAAAAAGAAAAGGAAAAAAAAGGUACAGAGAUGUACUUUUACUUUAAAGACAAAUUUUCACUUUGUUCUACUGUUAUUUUCUUUGGUAUGUUUUUUUCUCUCUAGUUUCUUUCAAUAAAAGCACACUUGAAUCUCUUUAAAUUUAUUAAAAUAUUACGCAGUAUGAGUUGUAAAGUUAUAAUUUCAAUGUUGAGAAAUUAAACAAAUGUAUAUAUUCACACAUGUAUAUAUUCUUAAUGCAUUUGUGAGGCAAAAAUAAAAUGUGUUGAAACCACUA